AUGCUUGUCGACACCAAACUCCUCGCCUUGAUCAGCUUCGCCCUCGCCGCCCACUGUAGCGCUUCCGUCUCCCAACCGCAGCCGGCCAUGAGAGAUAGCGCUGUGAAAAACAGUUCUGAUGUCGGGGCCAACGGGGCCGUCCCCACCAACGCGAUCCUAAUCACUCCAACUAAAAACAGUUCCGGGAUCCCUUCUCCAGGCCCUAAUGGCUCAACCAACCCAGCUCCCGGCUCCGGCCUCUCAUCAGAUCCUUCGUCCGUCUCGCCACCUGGUUCCGGCGCACCCGUUCCCGGAGACAUGUCUUCUGGAAAAUGCUUGUGUCCAGCUCCUUCAACUCGCGGUAGUGCCAGUGCUUCACCAGGGAGUGCUGCUUCUUCAGCCACUGCAACGGGGCCGCAACUUGCUGGCAAUGGCACACCAUCCACCCCGGCCUCCAACUCGUCGAGCGAGGCCGCUCCCGCUUCGGGCGCCUCAUCUAAUCCUCCUACGACCUCGCCCACCCACCAAGCCGACGGCGCCCCUCCCACCACCAAUGCCUCUUCGACCACGACUCCCCCUCCCGAUCACCAGCCCUCCCCCGAGGGUAACUUAACUCAUUCCAUCGCUAGUCCUUCCUUACCUAACUCUUUCCCUCUCGUCGGUCUCCUCACCGCCGCUGCUGUCGCCUUUGCCUUCUGA